GUCUCUCGGCAACGCCGGUUCGGAGAAGAGCACCGGCGAGGUCCAUUUGAACGCUGACGGCGAAUGUGGCGGCGAAGUAACUUACCGGGGAAUUUAGAUUCCGAUCAAAGCAUAUCUGAGGAAGACGAAGAGCAUAUCAAUGUUAGCUUGGGAGAAAAUGAUAUGUGGCCAAGUGAGAAUGCGAAUGCGAAGGAAGAGGGGGGAUUACUACUUCAAACAAAGCUCGAAAAACUCAUAGGUUGUGGUGAACUAAAUUAUGCUAGGGAAACCGGUGUUGUACCUCUGGAAGCAACUAUACGGAAGAUAUCGUCCUCUCUUGAGGAUGACGUUGAUGUUCCUGAUUCCCCUGAGGAGAGUAUUCUUGCUUCUUCCAGGAGAGCCAGAUUAACAUGCUUAUCUGCUCAGGAAAGUGGGUCAGAUGAUGAGAUUCAACAUGACGAACAGGAGGCAACGUGGUCCACUAUAAGUAAAGAAACCAAGUCACUAGUCUAUUUGAAUGGUAUUACUUCAGUCUCAUCAUCUCAUGUAUCUGGCUUCAGAGCCAAGAGAGGUAGUAAAGUCGUGAAAGAUCAUGUGAGGCCAAAAUUUUCGUUUCACUCACAUACUCUUGGAGAAACGUCAUCCAAGAUAAGUGAUAUGGCUGAAAAUUUUGAGCCUGCUGCUGAUCAGGCCAUAGAAGAGGAUCCAAUUGCUGAAUGCCCAAACGAUUUUGAUGAAAGAUCAGAAAGCAGACAGGCUAUUUCUGUUACUGACUCAAGAGAGGUUCUGCAUGGGUACACUGAGGAUGCUAUACCCAAGCUUUUAGACAUUCCUUCACGUAGGAUUAGACCGACAAAAAGAAGCUCUAAACUGUACAGCAGACAUGAAAGAAAAACUCAGAAAUUUUCUCAUAAGGGAAGUUCAUAUAACUUUCAAGAUAGUGAUACUGAUGACGAACUACCUGGACCCAUGGAUAGUGGAUCAUCAAGCGAUGAUGAGCCUAGUUAUCAAACCUCAGUACCGAACAUUUCCAACCAGAAGAAACAAUUUGUUGGAGACCGGUUCGAUGAAGCAAUGAAAGCUUCCUCAUUGAGCAAGGAAAGUCUCUUGUUUGGUUCACCUAAAUUAUCUGGUGGCUCUAGUCUGUAUGGCAAGCUACAACAGAUCAUGAAACAAGAAAAAGAGACGGAAAUGGAAAUCACAAAGAAAUUGCAGGGGGGAAUUGGACAACCAGAUGUGUCGAGCUAUGUUGAUGUAAAAAUCAUGUCAAGACACUUGGAGGGAAAGCUUGUUGUCUGCAAAUGCUCUGUCAUUGACAUUUCUGGGGACUCCGUAUUGCUCAAGAACACACAAGCUCUUGCGGCCAACGAGACAGAAACAACAAUUCUCUUUAGUCCUAAGGUUUGCGCUGAUGUUGAUAUCGAAAUCGGGAGCUGUAUCCGACUACAUGCCCCAUGGAAGGAAUUGGAAGUGAAGAAAACCAAUGAUGUGAUUAUUUUGUCUUCAUAUUUCUCAAGUUUGUAAUGUAAAUCACACAAAUGUCAAUAUGUGCAAAAGUUGCAAAUGAUUUCGUCACAGCGUAUAAAAAUGAUAAAUAAAGCUCUGAAUUAAGGACAUUGA